CAGUCUUCACCCCAUCCAUCCCUACCUCCAUCAUCCCUCUAGCUCCAUCAUCUCCUCCAUCCAUCCCUCUGCCCAUCCCUCCAUUCAUGCCCCCCCAGGGAUGGACCCCGGAGCAGAACCUGUCCCCUCACCAGCCCCCUCCCACCAUCCCCAGGUGUGGCAGAGAUGGAGAAGCUGAAGGACGUCUUCUCCAACGUCAUCUUCUCCCUGGAGCAGAAGGGCAUGGCCAAGGUUCCCUACCAGGUGGCUGUGCCGGAGACCGUGGCGCGGAUCCAGCCGGAGCUGGCUCAGCUGAAACCAGCUCCUGCCUGUGUCCCGCCAUGUGGGUACCAGAAAGACGCCCAGGUCUACAAAUGUGCCUCGUGCAGCCGAGUGGCGUGUCAGCUCCCCCUGGACUGUCCAGGUACGUGCUAA